AAUUCACGUGGAUCACAUCUCACACACGCGUUGGAAAAUCUUGUGGCGCUUGUGGUCAUACUUGAUCUUCUAUUCACUAUAUAAAUGCAUAAAUCAUACUGCACUAAUGAUCGACUAAUGGAAAUUAUGGAACUUUAAUGGUGCAGCCUGAGACGUCUCUUUACAUCUCACAAAGUACUUGGCACGUCGUCUUAAGAGAGUGAGGGCAGCGUGUUUUUUUUUGCAGGGGAUAUUUGGCUUCGUCAUGUGGAACUCCUCAACUUCUCAAAGAAACACAGAUUUAGUUGUAUUCAGUCCGUCUAGGUGUUAACCACGCACAAAGUGAUCGCUCUUCCUCAUCCCAUUCACCUAGCUGGGGCGGAAUAUUAGUGAUGAUCUCGCGAUCGGUGUUUGUGCUGAUCUUGUGGAUUUUUUCGGUGCUCAACCACGUGCACGGACGCACUUCGGAUGAGCUGAAAGUGAAAUUGAGCCAUGGAGGAGUUGUUGUGGGGCGCCACAUGGUAUCCCACGAUGGGAAGGGAAUUCGUGCUUUCAUGGGGAUCCCCUACGCAGAACCACCAGUUGGAAGUCGAAGAUUUCGCGCUCCUGUUCCCAAGGAAAAAUGGUCAGGAGAGCGCCUGGCUGUAAAAGACUCCGAUAUUUGCAUCCAGAGAGAUCCCUAUCGUCGUGAUAUGGAAAUCUCGGGAAGUGAAGACUGCCUAUACCUCAACGUGUACACCCCAGAAGGGCCCCUGGAUGAGGCACUACCUGUGAUGGUCUUCUUCCACGGUGGAGGAUGGCAAUGUGGCAGUGGAGUGAGCUACUUUUACGGUCCAGACUUCCUCAUGGAACAUCGUAUUAUCUAUGUAGCUGCCAAUUUCCGUCUUGGACCACUGGGAUUCCUCAGCACGGGAAAUAUGGAUUGUCCAGGAAAUUUCGGGCUGAAGGAUCAAGUUAUGGUACUUCAGUGGAUACGCGACAACAUCGCCAACUUUGGAGGGAAUAGAGAUUCCGUCACAGUGUUCGGGGAGAGUGCUGGUGGGGCUUCAGGGACGUACAUGAUGAUGUCCCCAAUGGCUAAAGGGCUCUUCCAUCGUGUAAUCAGUCAAUCGGGAACAAAUCUCUGUGCUUGGGCACAACCAGCACACCCAGGAGUAGCGGAAAAGCGUGCUGAACGUCUCGGUCAGAUGAUGGGAUGCACUGAUGCGAAUCAUCUGAUUGAGUGUCUGAGGGAAAAAUCCGCGGAAGAUAUAACGGCUGCAUUUUAUGACUUCUUUGAAUGGGAUACAGACCCAAUGAUCCCCUUCAUCCCUGUUGUAGAACCCCAACAUCCGGAAGCUUUCAUCACAAAACAUCCACGAGAAGAAUUUGAUCCGCAUGGACUCUCCCUGCCCUGGCUGUCUGGUGUGACCCUCGAUGAGGGAGCUCUUAAGACAGCUUCCCUCAUAAAUGUGCCCGAACUCACACAGAGUUUGAAUGCAAAUUGGGAUUAUGCCCUACCCAUUUCCCUGAACUACGAUCACCUCAGUCAGGAACGUCAGAAGGAAAUAACUUCCGCCAUAAAUGAAUUCUACUUCCGCAAUAGAAAACUAACACCGGAGACGAGUCAGAAUCUCACAAAUCUCUACUCUGAUGCGUGGUUUGUGGUGGGAUUCGAUGAGUACCUACGGAUUCGCCUCACGAAGGGCGAUAGGAAGAAAUUGGGACCAACUUUUGUCUACUUAUUUGCCCACAAGGGAUCAGCCAGCUUCACGGAGAUCUUCAAGGGUGGCCGGGAGUCCUACUAUGGGGCUUGUCAUGCCGAAGAACUUCAGUAUCUCUUCCCAAUUGGGAAGGAGCUUUUUGUGAGCGCCAUCCCAACGAAAAAUGAUAUAAAAAUGCGAAAGCUCAUCACGAAGCUUUGGGUUAAUUUUGCACGAACUGGUCACCCUACGCCAAAGGACGGUGAUUUGUCAUUUGAAUGGAAGGAAGCUAAAGGAUAUCCCGUUGAUUACCUCCGUCUUGGCCGUAUGGAUAAUGAGGAUAAACCACUGGCAAUCAUGGAGAAGGGCCUAUUUGAGGAGAGAAUCAAUUUCUGGCGCAAGCUCAGCGCACAUUGUUCCAAUGGCCAGGAGAAUUUAAUAAGAGAUGAAUUGUAGAUUAAAUUAUCUUUCAAAGUGAAAGAAUAUUUAAAAAUUUAUUGAAUAAAUGUUGUUACAGAAAAAAAA